GCGUUCUACUUGUUCUCUUGGGUAAGACAUAGACCAGAAGACACCAUGGAAAAAAGUCCUAGAGACUACUCUAGAAAGAGUGUAUUAUUGAGCUGUAUGAGUGUACGAGGCUCAGCAAGAAGGAGAAUUCUUUGUUUCUUUAUAUCUUGUGUUGUUAUUGAAGCAGGUCUAAGAUACUUUCAGCACGAGAACUUGCAUGUUUGGGGUUUGCCACUGAGGUUGGUUCGCUACUUACGCUUAUAUGAGCCUUGUUACCCUCCUGGUCAAGAUGAAAGAGUGUCUCGUCUUCGUGGAAUGCUGUUUGACUUUGUUGAUGUAGCAGAGUCAUUACGAAUGCGUUAUUGGUUGGAGUUUGGUGCUUUACUAGGAGCUGUUCGAAACGGAAAGAUUAUACCAUGGGAUUGGGAUUUGGAUGUUGGUGUCAUGAAGACAGACAUGGAGUCUGAACAAUUCCAGUCAGGUUUGAAAAAGAAAGGCUUUAAGCUCAUCAGGAAAACGGGCUGCAAAUUUUACAUUUACCGGGACCACAAUACAACAUUUUUGGAUGUGUACAUGCACUUGAUCAGAAAAGAAGACGACAUAGCUAUUCGUUGUGAGAUAGAGGACGUGUACCGGUACAAAUUCCCUGCCAAAUGGAUCAGUCCAACUGCACCUAUCAUGUUUGAAGGUAGGAUGUUGCAAGCUCCCAACCCUCCUAUGGCAAUGGUCAAGGAAGUCCGUUAUCCAUAUAGUUACUUUUGGACUGUGCCUCAAAACUUUUAUUGCUACUUUACUGAGUUCAGAUUUUUUCUGAUGCUACUUGGAUUUGUUGCUAUUAUCAUAAUGCCCAUCAUUUGCUGUGUUUACUACGCGUGCAAACACUUAUAACGGUUGCUAGUAUGUAGCAGUGUCUUCAUUUAUACUUGUGUAGUGAUUGUUGGAACUGUAGAAAAGUUCAAAUAUUCAGAUA